UGUAUAUUUUAUAAUUAAUCGUUUAUUUUAUACUAUUUUAACAGUUUUCAUUGUUUAUUUAUUGUUAUUUAAAAAGUUAUACAAAAUGUCAGCUGUGGAAACUAAAAAUGCAAUUACAUUAAAAGGAUCGGCGAAGAUGAUAUGUGAAUAUUUAAGUUAUGGAAUAAAUACAAUUCUGUAUCAACGUGGAGUGUAUCCACCUGAAACAUUUAAAGCCGAUGAAAAGUUUGGUGUUGUUUUACUCAUGUCCCAAGAUGAAAAAGUUCAAACAUUUUUAAAUGCUAUUUUUUCACAAAUGCAAAUUUGGCUUGAAAACGAUAAACAAUGGAUUAAAAAAAUAGCCAUGGUAAUCUCAAAUGUACAAACCAAAGAACCAUUAGAACGUUGGGAAUUUAAUUUAGAAUAUGAUGCAAUUGAAACAGGAGGAUCCGGUGAUUCAAUUGUUUCAAACAAACCCUUAAAAAGAGUACAAGCUGAAAUUCGUGAUGUACUUAAACAAAUCAUAUCAACAAUUUCAAUUUUACCAUUAUUAGACUGUUUGUGCAGCUUUGAUAUACAUAUUUAUACAACCGAUGAUUGUACCGUUCCCGAAAAAUGGGGAAAUACUAAAGGUGCCGAAAUUCAAAAUGCUCAAAGAGUACAAUUACGAUCAUUUGAUACUGGAAUACAUAAAAUGGAUACGUAUGUGUCAUAUAAAAUGGACGACUGAUGAUUUUUUUUGUAAUUAUUUUUAAACCUAAUUGUUUUUUAAAGUAUAUUCUGUUUAAUGAUUC